UAAUUGUAUUCACUAUUAAAUAUAAUUUACUAAAUUGUAAUAAUUCAUUCUUCUUAAAUAAUUACAAUUAUUAAUGAUUUUUUACCUAAUCAGAUUAGUUUUAUUAGAUUUUUCAAAUAUUCCGCAGUUACUUCAUGCAAAAUGUGCGUGCACAGCUCUGUUCUACCACGUUUAGGCGACCACUUAAUAUGAAUUUUAUAUGUGAUUAUCCUUAGGGCAACGAUACAGUUGAAUGUUAUUUCAACUUGUAAAUCAUCGGACGCAAAUUCCACAAAUGAUGAUGUAUACAAUGUGCUUUAGUCCUAAUCGGUCGCAUUAAACGACUAUGAAAUGAGGAUAGAGCACCAGGGUGUUUUUUUAAAUUAAAUAUAGUAAGCGAAUAUAAUAAAUAACAAAACUGUGUUAAAUGCCAUUACAUGCCAGUUUCCCGUUCCAUGCAUGUAGUUCUAACGAACAUAAUAAAUCAAAUAGGCUCGGCUACAGUUUAUUUACGAUGAACUAAUGCAUGCUAUGUCCUACAAAUAGUACUACAAAGCGGAAAAUGUUUUUUCUGAAAAACAUACACGUGUGCGUUUUGUAAAAUGACGUCUUGUGCAUGCUCUCUCAAAUAUUAGCUAUACAUUUUAUAAUCUUUUAAAUUUUACUCGAUGACCGACACUACAGAAAGUCAACCCCAUAUGUCCUCAAAUGCGCGUGGCAACGGUCACGACUUCUCCAAAUGGACGAGCAAAACGCUUCCAAACUCUCCAAAAGUCAAAUGGCUUUUAAAAUAUUAAUAUAAAAACAAUUUAAUACUAAAAUUGUUUUCCCACCAAAUUCACAUAUUUUAGAUUUUGUCUCUAUACUGUUUAUUAUUUCUUUAUUUAAAAAAAACAUUCUGUCAAUCAUUUUAACAAUAAUAGAAUGAUAUAUGGUAGCAAGUAUUUGUUUAGGGAAUUUAUAGUACCAGGAAAUUGUGUCUAGUUGUAAAAAUCUGUGCUUCUUGGGUUUUGAGGAACCGUAUCUCCAAGUCCCACGUCGGGUUAAUUUGACAUGGUUUAUAACUGGGUUGAAUAAUUCCGGCCUCGCGCAGGUACAGGCGUAGAUUUGAUAAUAAUUCUACCUGAUUGGCUCUCGUGGGCUGGUGGGGAGGUAAUGCGGAAGCAUGUGGAGCAUUUGCAGCCGCAGUGUGAGAAUGAUCGCAAUGCCGUGAGCAUGACUGGAGUUCAGUGAGCUCCAGAUGAUUCAUUCAGUCAGGGCGCUUCACCACAUAUGGGCGGAACGCUCUCCACGAGGGGAUGAAACCUCGCGUGCCUAUUGGCAGAAACCGUGCAUGAUUGACGUGCAGUAGCCCCGCCCCUCUCAUACCCUGUUAUUGGCACUUUAACGAAUCCAUGACACUGCCUCGGUGUCCGCGCGCGUUGACAGACCGAUGCGACUGUUUCAAAUAGACUGUCGCUUCAUUUUCAGGGUCUUUGGCCUGGAAAGCUUUGUAACGUCACCUGGCCCGCGCUAGUUAGCUACUGAGACGGACUAUUCUAACUAACGGAAUGCUAUAUUAAGUGCUGUUGCGAAUGCACUUCUGGUGAACUUCUCUCUCUCUCUUUCUGCACGAAACAUCUCGGACGAUCCUCGGUUGGUAACCAUGGCUGAGAAACGACGGUCACCCUGUACGAUGAGCCUCAAGGCGCACGCAUUUUCAGUGGAAGCGCUCAUUGGCACGGAGAAAAAAAGAAAGUUGGAUGAGGACAACGAAAACGGUUUUGAGGAAGAAAACGAGGUGGCGAACCUGACAGAGAGUUCGCAAGCCGAGGGUGGGAGAACUUGCUCAAGAAGUUGCGAGAUAGACUGCCCUAGCGACGAAUCCCCGGAUUCUGAAGACGUGUUGCUGGAUAGCCCACAAUCGGCAUCGCAAGGCUCCACUGUCCUCGGACAAUCAGGCACGAGCUCUGGGGAGGAGAUGCGCGUGGACCUGCAGGGCUCAGACCUAUGGAAGAGAUUCCACGAGAUAGGAACCGAAAUGAUCAUCACUAAAGCCGGCAGGCGGAUGUUUCCCGCAAUGCGGGUUAAGAUUACAGGCCUAGAUCCUCAUCAGCAGUAUUAUAUCGCAAUGGAUAUUGUUCCUGUCGACAACAAACGGUACAGGUACGUGUACCACAGCUCAAAGUGGAUGGUUGCGGGAAACGCAGAUUCUCCGGUCCCGCCUCGAGUCUACAUUCAUCCCGAUUCUCCUGCGUCCGGUGAGACGUGGAUGCGUCAAGUCAUAAGCUUCGACAAACUGAAACUGACCAAUAACGAGCUGGACGACCAAGGCCAUAUCAUUCUGCACUCCAUGCACAAGUACCAGCCCCGUGUCCACGUCAUCCGUAAGGAGUGCGGGGAAGAACUCUCGCCCGUUAAGGCAGUUCCCACCGGGGACGGUGUCAAGUCUUUCUCCUUUCCUGAAACUGUCUUCACAACAGUGACUGCUUACCAAAAUCAACAGAUAACAAGACUGAAAAUCGACAGGAAUCCAUUUGCAAAAGGCUUCAGAGACUCGGGAAGAAACAGGAUGGGCCUAGAGGCUUUGGUUGAGUCAUACGCAUUUUGGAGGCCCUCACUCAGGACUCUGACAUUUGAGGACAUUCCUGGACUCACCAAACAAGGUGCAGCUCCUUCCCACGGUGUGGUCGGGUCCUCAGCGCAUCUGCUGUCCUCAUCCGCAUGCUCUUCCCCUACUUUCCACCUAGCUUCUGGGCCGGGGCCUGUUUGCGAUUACUCCGCCUGCAGUCGAACAAGCCACCCACUUCAUCGCUAUGCCCCGCCUCUCUCUGCAGAAUCCUACAGUCGAUUGGCUAGUCCCGGAGCAGAUGCCUUUUCCACUACAAGAGGCUCCACUUAUGGGCCUGAGAGCGAGGCUUUCUCGUGCGCACAAAGCGGCCUGCCAAUCCAGAUCCACAGCAUGCCGAGCACAACCUCCCAGCUUCAGUACCUAAUGCCCAGCCAUACUCAUAAUGCCUUUUCCACCAAUCAAAGCACACAAGGAUCUUACAACGGAUUCCGCCUGCACAGUCCAUAUGGUCUCUACGGUUACAACUUUUCCACUUCUCCCCGACUGGCCACCAGCCCGGAAAAGGCCGCCGCCACACAAAGUUCAUUCCUAGGCUCCUCCCCUAGCGGAACGUUGACGGACAGACAACUUUUAUCCACUGUGGAUGGUCUUCACAUGCUCAGUAGUAGUCAACAGAAUCUUUUUGACUCGAGGACUUUGGGGUUGACAAGCUCCGCCUCCCAGGUAACGGCACACAUGGCUUGAACUGUGAACCAUGAAGAACAAAACCUCUCCGAUGGACUUUAUAGACAAGUGAUGAGAACGUUUUCUCCAAUGUCAUAAUUUAUAACCUGUUGGACAUGUCACCCUCGCUAAAGGAUAUCACAAAGAAAAAAAGACAGUGGCAUAUAGAGAAAAAGACAAUUGUGAGAAGUCCGCAAUCUCUGUUAUGUAUUGUGCACAGAUUUUAAAUCGAGGAUAUUUUAAAUAGUCGUUCUGAUGAACUGUAUACAGAAUUGACCGUUAUUGGACAUCAGGGUAAGAGAAGUGCCUGAAAUGUAAAAAUGCUUUAAACACCCAUGCUUUUCCACAUGCACACAUGGUUUUACGGCACAAACAGGAGUUCAACAAACGUGAGUCUCUCCUUCCCAGCUUCUAAUGGACAAUUAAACUAGUUUUGGCACUUAAAAUGAGUGUAGGGGAGCCAAAAAAACAAUAAAUUAUGUCACAAAGGAGUAAUUAUCAAUCAAGAAAAGCAGGUUUAAAAAAUAAUUGUUACAUUCAAAGUACUUGUAGAAAUGAAAGUGGCCGCUAUGCUGACAAUCACCUAUUGAAUGUUUGACAGACAUUUGACUUGUUGAGGUUUUCACCUCAAAUACAUCCAACCAGCAUCCACAGCUGUUAAUGUGGUUUAAUCUGAAACUGGAUUAGGGUUGGAAUAAGGAAAUGUGGCCUGGUGUUUACAAAUUCUCUCCAAAGUGAAGGGCUUUUGCUGGAUCAGCACUGCUGUCUGGUGUCUUGGAACGGACGGGGCAGAAGGUAAUCUGAUCCAGGAUGAUAAUUCUCACACUUUAUAAAUACAACCAAUGGGAUUCUGCAAAAGGAUUAUAGUCAUGCCAUGAGAUACGUGCUGAUUCCCGGUCAGCUCUCUCUUACUGUGCGGGAUCCAAGGACCGUAAAAAUCACUUCUUUAGUUUUUCCUGUAGACCUGUCUUUUUAAUGUAAUUCUUCACGAAUAUGAAGAUGAAUAUUAUUAAUACUGUGUAAAGAUUUCACUUGCACUUACACUAUGGCAAAUAUAAAUACUUGCUUUAUAAGUGAUGGCCACAACAGAUACUUUCUCCAUGUUUGGUCGGCCUGAGAAAGGACGAUAUUUGAGCCAAAUAAAAAAU